AGUAGAAAACAAGAGGACGAAGUCAUAUACACAUAAAACUACCCCUAUUCCCUUUCCCAUUUCACCUUCCUUGUCCCAUCCCAAUUAUGAACAAGAUUCCUUCAAUUGGUGUUUUCUUUUUUCUUCAUUGUAUUGUAUAGAUUAUCUGCAGAAAUAACCCAUCUUUGUUUCCAUUAACUACAUGUGGGAAACUUUUGCUUUUUUAGUGGUCUUUAGGAGACUCUAAUAUACAAACUACUCUGGGUCUUUCUUGAAUUUUUGAUUUUUUUUCUUGGGAUUUUUUCAGGGUCUAUCAAGACAAGUCUUCGAACCCACUUGGAUAUUUUGCUAUAAAGGCUAAUAGAAUAAUCAAAACCAUAUAUAUGUCAUGUAUAACCUCUGAUAACUGGAUUUUUUGGGCUACUUUUACAGUUGAUUUUGUUUGAAAUUUUUGAUUUUUGAUUUUCAUUUUGGAAUUGAGGAGGAAAAAAAAAUUCGAGACAUGGGAAAGCAAGGACCUUGCUAUCACUGUGGUGUUACAAGCACCCCUCUUUGGCGCAAUGGGCCUCCGGAGAAGCCAGUGCUGUGCAAUGCAUGUGGUUCUCGGUGGAGAACAAAGGGAACACUGGCAAACUAUACUCCUCUACAUGCUAGGGCAGAAUAUGAUGACGAUGAGAAACAUAGGGUAUCUAAGGUGGAUUACGUAUCCAUUAAGAGCAAACGGGAGAAAGGUUUCAAACGAAAACAAGAUGUUGAUUUUUCUGUAUUUGGAGGGUUUCCGCAUGACCAUAAUCAGGGUUUCCGUAAAGGAUUUGAUGAAGAUACAAGUAAUAGAUCAAGUUCUGGAUCUGCCAUAUCCAACCCAGAGAGCUGUGUUCAAUAUGGCAGUGCUGAUGCAAGUGAUUUAACAGGCCCACCCCAAUCCAUUGUGUGGGACACAAUGGUUCCUUCUAAGAAAAGAACUUGCUUCAGUCGAUCGAAGCCAUCUCCGUUUGAGAAGAUUACCAAAGAUCUGUAUACUAUAUGGCAUGAGCAACAGUCGUCAUGCUUCUCCGGAACUUCAGAAGAGGAAUUGCUUCUUGAGAGUGACAAACCUAUGGUGUCUGUUGAGACUGGACAUGGAAGUGUACUCAUUCGACAUCCAAAUGCAAUAGCUCGGGAAGAAGAAUCAGAAGCUAGCUCCCUUCCAAUUGAUAACAAGCUACAUCCCAUAUGUAAUGCUUAUUCACAACGCACGACCCUGCCUGUACGUAUCAAGAAGCCUGCUGGACAGGGCACGGAAGGACAUCAAAUUAAGAGAGACAAGGAUCAACUCGAAAAACUUCAGAUGCUGCGCCAUCAUAAUUCACCGUUACGUUAUGUAGAUCUGCAAGAUAUCCUUAAUUUUGACAAAUUUGUGUCUCAUCUAACCUAUGACGAGCAACAGCAAUUACUGAAGAUUUUACCUUCCAUUGAUAUUUCUGCAGCUCCAGAGAGUCUUAUAAGCAUGUUCGAUAGCCCUCAAUUCAAAGAGAAUCUAUCAUCCUUCCAGAAACUUCUUGCAGAAGGAGUUUUUGAUAACUCAUUGUCUGGCGUGAAAACAGAAGAUUGUAGAACUUUGAAGAAACUUGCUUUAUGCAAUUUGAUAAAAUCGAAGUGGGGGGGAACAAUAUAAUGUACAUAAGGUCGGAACCAAUUACAUAAGAAUUAUCUUGGAUUUGGUAAAAGUAUGCAUGUUGUGGAUUUAAAUAUAAUUUAUUCACUAUGAAUGUUGUCGGGAAUGUGCAGGAUGCAUAACCUCCUAAUUGUUUUAUUUUCAGGAUUGAAAACUAUGAUGAAGAGCCCCCGAAGGGUGAUAAUAAAGUCGAGCAACGAACAGAAGGAACCAAUAGAUAGUGACGGUUCUUGCUUCAGUCCCAAAAGACUAUUUUCCUCGCCAAAUGAUAAUGGCUCCCUUGUGCUGGACUCUUUCCGUUUUGCUGAUGGAAGUUCUGAACAGGAUUUGCUGCUGGAUGUGCCAUGCAACAGCUCCUUCCCACAGGCCGAACUCCUCCGGCCAACUUCAAGUUUUGGUGCCCAAGCAAGCACUAGUAGUAGCUCAGUACACCCACAUCUUUUCCGACCCUGACGAUAUCUGUUGAAUCCCAGUUCAUCUCUUCACGGUGGCCAUUUCAGCGCCUUUUUAUUACGAUUCUGGUGAUUGCAUUCAGAUAUUGUUGGCAAAACUAUUGUAGUCUGAACCUUAACCUUCAUGAAACAUUGUACGCAAAGUGAUGAAUAUAUUUGUCUUUUUAUAGGGUGACAAAGAAUGUAUUAUAUAGCUUGUGAUGCAGAAAAGUUGGCAGAUUUGAGAUUUUUGUACUCAGGAUAGUUGCCAACUUAAAGUUGAGAUAAUUAUCCUUUUGGCAUGGGCUUCUUAUCUUGAAUUCUACAUUGUUUCAUCUUCUUUUAUGAAGUGAACAAAGUAAAUAAACAAUGAACUCAAUAUAAA